AUGGCUAGUAAUCCACCUCGGUCCUUCUUUGCUUGCCCUGCCGAGCUACAACCCUACAGCGGUAUCAUCCUCUCUUGCAAGAAGAGCAAGAACGACUUUGAGCACGAGUGGCCAAAAGUCUUCAACAACUUCUUAUCACGAACUCUCGGCGGCAUUGAUCUUCGAGCUAUGCCUGUCAAGCUCUUCCGCAAUGCGCAUCACGUGUAG